CAAUUAAAACCCCACCGGAUCACUGAACCGGCGAUUCAACCGAACCGUAUCCGACAUCCGCUCCUAGCGAUUGCCCUUGCCUAACCCUGUAUAAAGCGGCGCCUCUUGCCGAAGCUUCUGUCCGGAAUCACUCGCGCAGCGACUGAAAUCUCCGGAUGCUCAUUUCUUCUUCCAAGAAUUGGUGGAUUCGUGAUUGUUAGAGGGAUAAAGGGUUAGGUGUGUUCUUGUCUGAGGAUUUGAAGGGACGGUCAAUAUGGCUGACGAAAAGCCAGCCGAGAUGAAGGAGGAGGUGCCGGAGGUUGCCCCCUUUGAUCCUACAAAGAAGAAAAAGAAGAAGAAGGUGGUAAUUCAAGAUUCUGCUGAGGAGGUGGAUAAACUAGCUGAGAAAACGGAAAAUUUAACAGUUGCCGAGUCUGGCGAAGUAAACUUUGUCGGCAUGAAGAAGAAGAAGAAGAAACCGGUAGAGACUGAUGAAAAUGGGGAUGCUGGAGAAGACCUUAGUGGUGACCAAAUUGGAGAGGAUGAGGAAGGGGAGGGCAUCGUUCUAGGAGGUGCCCGAUACCCCUGGGAAGGAACUGUUCGGGAUUAUAAGUAUGAAGAGCUAUUGGAUAGAGUGUUCAAUAUAUUGCGAGAAAAUAAUCCAGAUCUUGCUGGUGAUAGGCGUCGAACGGUGAUGAGGCCCCCGCAAGUUCUUAGGGAAGGAACUAAGAAGACUGUAUUUGUGAAUUUCAUGGACUUAUGCAAGACGAUGCAUAGGCAACCAGAGCAUGUCAUGACUUUCUUACUUGCUGAGAUGGGAACCAGUGGAUCCCUUGAUGGACAGCAGAGAUUGGUUAUUAAGGGAAGGUUUGCUCCAAAGAAUUUUGAGGGUAUCCUUAGAAGAUACAUCAAUGAGUAUGUUAUAUGCAAUGGCUGCAAAAGUCCUGAUACAAUUCUUUCUAAGGAAAACCGUUUGUUCUUCCUCCGCUGCGAGCAGUGUGGUUCUGCACGGUCCGUUGCACCCAUCAAGGCUGGCUUUGUUGCAAGAGUUGGACGUCGGAAGGCUGGGACGUGAUCUUAUAUUGUCUUUGUUAUUGUUGAUCCUCUCUGACCAUUAAAAAACGGAUGUUUGUCGGGCUUCACCUGUCUUUAUCUUCUCAUUCAAAUUUGCUCACAGUUUUGCCCUUGAGUUUUGUUAUAAUCUUCUUUUUAUGUGCUUUAUUUACAUGAUUUUAAAUUUGACUAGUUUGACAGGAUACAUACGUGAAGAUGCAUUUUGAUCAAGUUUGAUAAUUAGUAGAAAUGGUGCACCUUAGUUAA